AUGAAAUUAGCAGUUGGGUGUGGGUCCUGUUUCAGUCGCUUUAAUAACUCCUCCCACACGCCAGGAAAGCAUGCAUUGCUCUUAAGCCGCAUCAGCGGCAAGAAAAGUGCCUUGGCAACCGGUAGGCUUUAUUCCACUGGCCCUCUUUUCGGAAACCACAACAAUACGUUCCGUACAACUACAAGACAGGGCGCUUACGGAAGUACAGAGGUUCUCAACCAAGACCUCCUAUCCGACAAGCUGCCUCGCGUGAAAUUGGCAUACGAGGUGGUCUCGGAACACAGCUCAACGUAUUUCCCAAAAGCGCCGAUUAUCAUUCUGCACGGACUGUUUGGCAAUAGAGCCAACAACAGGACUAUAGCCCGGCAAUUGAACGAACGGCUCGAGCGUGACGUGUAUUUGCCAGAUUUACGCAACCACGGUCUUUCCCCGCACAUCGGACGCCACGACUACCCAUCGAUGGCUGCAGAUGUGGAGAUGUUUAUCGAGGACCAGAAAUUCGAGCAUGCACCCAUCAUUGUGGGCCACUCGAUGGGCGCGAAAGUGGCCAUGAGCGUGGUACUACGCAAGCCCGAGCUUUGUUCUAUGCUAGUGAGCAUUGAUAAUGCUCCAGUCGCCACGAUGCCUACGCUAUCAUUCCCACGAUAUGUGAAAAAAUUACAAGAGAUUGUUGAAAACCCCAAAAUUCAAACAUUUGGCGAGGCUGAGAAAUCUCUACGUGACGUUGAAAACUCGCCUGUCGUUCGGCAAUUUUUGCUCACCAUUUUGCAAAGGGUGAAGGACAACGACACACCGGGACAACACCGUUUUAAGUCGAAGAUCCCACUGGGCAUUUUGAACGACGCCAUUGUGAAGGGAAAUAUCGCCAAUUGGGAGUUCAACCCAUGGGUACACCAGUACACUUGCCCUGCGUUGUUUAUUCGUGGUACGCGGUCUCACUAUAUUUCGGACGAGUCAUUGCAAGACGUGGGCCGAUUUUUCCCGCGGUUUGAAGUGCGGGAUAUCGAUGCAACGCACUGGGUCAACACCGAAAAGCCCCAAGAGUGCAGCGAUUUGAUUGCAGAUUUUGUUGAAAGGAACGAGGAUCUGUGA